CGCUGUUGCAGACGCCUUUUGUGCACACACCUUUUACAGCAUCCUUUAAUUUUGUGUGAACAUCUCGUCUCGUCAGUUUACAUGAAACGGACUAAGAGUGAAGAACAGCCACAGGAACUGGUAUAUGAUUUCAGAAAAUAAAUUUCCCGUGGCAAUGGCACGGGCAUCAGCACCCGUCACCGUGUUUAUUCUAUUUUUCACCUUGUCGGUGGUUGUGGCUGAAUGGAUUAUUCCCCCAAAGGUGCUGACUGAAGGCCAGGACUACACCAAAGAUGACUACAUCUCCAAGAUCCGCUCAGAUCAGGAAGGUGUAUUCAACAAGCCGGUCGUCUAUAGCCUGAAGGGUAUUGGGGCUGACCAGGACCCUGUCAAUGUGUUUGUGGUGGAUAAGACCACUGGAAAGGUCAGGGUCACCCGCAUACUGGACCGGGAGGACAUCCACGAGUACAAUCUCACUGGAAUAGCUUACUUUACGGAUGGCUCAAUCGCAGAGAGCGACCUCAAGCUCAAGAUUAAGGUGAAGGAUAUCAAUGACAAUGGCCCUGUGUUUUCCUCCAUUCCGCCUGCCUCAGUGGAGGAGCUCAGUCCCAGAGGUAUGUCCAUCAUGCAGAUUAGGGCUGAAGACAAAGACGAGCCGAACAACCUCAACUCUAGGAUCAAGUACACCCUAACCAAGCAGGAGCCUGCGGGGAAAAAAAUGAUGUUCUCGAUCACUUCCGAUGGAGAGCUGCGUGUCAAAGAGCCUGAUCUGGACAGAGAGCUGAUCGCUUCCUACGUUCUGACUAUAGAGGGCGCUGAUCUCUACGGAGCCCCUGGAGGAAACACUGGCACGGGGAUGGUCACAGUGAAUCUCGUCGACGUAAAUGACAAUGUGCCAACCCUGGAACUAGACGAGUAUGAGGGCAAUAUUGAAGAGAACACCAAGAAUGUGGAGGUUAUGAGGAUCAAGGCUAAGGACCUGGACGUUGACGCUGUAAAUCGGGAAUUUGAGUAUGUCAUCGUCACAGGAAAUGAGGCAGGCUACUUCAGCUUGGUAAAGGACCCUCACACAAACGAGGGCAUUCUGAUGCUCGAUAAAGAAGUCAACUUUGAGGAUGUGAAAGACCUGAAACUGGGAGUCGGGGUGAGGAACAUAGAACCGUACCAUGUGAGUGUGAGUGGAGGAAGUAUAGAAACCAUCAACCUCGGAGGUGGAGGAGCAGGAGGCGGCGGAGGAGGUGCUGGAGGUGGAGGAGGUGGAGCAGGAGGAGGUGGAGGUGGAACAGGAGGAGGUGGAGGUGGGACUGGAGGUGGAACAGGAGGAGGUGGAGGUGGGACUGGAGGUGGAACAGGAGGAGGUGGAGGUGGGACUGGAGGUGGAACAGGAGGAGGUGGAGGUGGGACUGGAACUGGUACGGGCGGUGGAGCUGGAGGUUCAACUUCCACCACUUGGACUCCAGUGUCCUGGACUGGCAAAACCUACCCUCUGAAGAUCAACGUGCUGAACCAACCUGAGGGGCCCAAGUUUGACCCCAAGAUUAAGGCCAUCCCCAUCUCAGAGGAUGACACGACGGUCAGCAUCCAGGAUGUAAUUGCCACAUACACUGCUGUGGAUGAAGACACGGGACUGCCAGCGCAGAAUGUCAGGUAUUUGAAAGGAAAUGACCCUGAUAACUGGUUCACCAUCGACCCUGAAACAGCGGAGAUCAGGCUCAACAAGUUGCCAGACAGAGAGUCGCCGUAUCUGAAGAACGGCACAUACCUGGCAGAGGUCCUCUGUCUGACCCAAGACAUGCCCGCCAAGACGGCCACAGGCACCAUCGCCAUCCAAGUGGAGGACUUCAAUGACCAUUGCCCGGAACUGACCUCCCGCCUGGUCCCCAUGUGCACGGCGGAGGAGGUGAUCUACAUCACAGCUGUGGACCCCGACAUCAAGCCCAACGGCGCCCCUUUCAAGUUCACUCUCAUCCCUGAGGGCACCAAGGGCAAGUGGAGUGUGGAGCAUUUCAACGAUACCACGGCCCUCUUGCGUACCCAUGAGCCUCUAUGGCCAGGACAGAACAAGGUGACCUUGAAGAUCCAGGAUCAGCAGGGCCAGGCCUGCCCAGACCUGCAGGAGCUAAAGGUGGAGGUGUGCACGUGCGACGACACGGGCACCUGCAGCCGGCGUGGGGUGGGGCCUGACGGGAAGCCUGGGGCUAGCCUCGGCCCUGCGGCCAUCGGCCUGGGCUUCCUGGGCGCACUCCUCCUCCUGCUCAUUCCACUGUUGUUGCUGUUCUGCCAGUGUGGUGCAGCAGGCAUGGGUGGAGCAGGUUUUGCCGAAAUUCCCUUCGGUGCAAAGGAGCACCUGAUCUCUUACCACACGGAAGGGCAGGGGGAGGACAAGGAGGUUCCCCUCAUGGCAGUUCCGGCGGUGGAUGGGGGCGGCAUGAUGCAGGCGGUCAGCAAAGGGGGCGUAGCCACAGCCGGCCCUGCUCUCGGUGGUGUCACGGCUGCCCUCUUUAACUCCAGGUCCACCAUGGGCGGCGGCUUCCACGAGUCUAACAUGGAGAUGAACUACAUGGACCAGACGAUGAGCCGCAUGGCUGGAGGAGGCCAGGCAAGCGGCUUCAUGUCAGAGUACCGAGAGGGAGGUGGUGCCUACGACCAGCUGGCACUCCCUGAUGCCUUCUUGGCGGACUACUACACCCAGAAAUCAGAAUGUGUGGCACUGGGUGGCGCUCAGAAGGACAAUCUGUUGGUGUACGACUAUGAGGGGCAGGGAUCUCCGGCUGGCUCCGUGGGCUGCUGCAGCCUCCUCGAAUCCGACAACGACCUCGCCUUCCUCAAUGACCUGGGGCCAAAAUUCAACACCCUGGCCUCUGUCUGCGGAGGCUCCAAGGCCAAGACUGUGACAGCCAUCUCCGCUCCUCCACCGCAGUCUGCCGCCAUCUCAUCAGAGGUUGACUUUGGCUCUGUCAACAUGGAGGUUAGGAACGACAUGGCAUCGUCCACCCGGGUGGAGAGGACCGUCACCAGCGUGCAGCAGCAGCUUCCUGCCCCACUUCCCAGCAUGCACCUACGCGAGACUGUUGCCGUGCCGACCCAGACUGUGCUGGUGCAGCAGCAGCAGCCCCUGUACUACAUGGUGGAGCCGCAGCAGGUCCAGAGCACAGUGCUGCUGACUGAGAGGCCCCAAGUGGGUCUGGGUCGGGGAAUGAUCCUGGUCAACGGGAGUCAGACAGCCACAGAGGGGAUGCUGCUGCAGGGGGGAGGCCUGGUGCAGGGAGCCCAGGGGCUGGUGAUGGCCCAGGGGGGUCAGGGAUUGGUGUUACAGCAGGACGGGCACGUUCAGGGGGGUCAGGGAUUGGUGUUACAGCAGGGUGGGCACGUUCAGGGGGGUCAGGGUUUGGUGUUGCAGCAGGGUGGGCACGUUCAGGGUGGUCAGGGUUUCGUGCUUCAGCAGGGAGGCCAUGUUCAGGGUGGUCAGGGUGUGAUCUUCCAGGGCUCGGGCAAUGUGCAGACUGACCUGGGACGAGGAGAGAACCUGGUGCUGCUGGAGCGAAGCGGAGGAGCAGGGGGCACUGCACUGACCUCUGGCCUCCUGCAAACAUCCAGUCUCUCCGGCUCCCAAAUGGUGCUGCUGGAUGGGGCAGCGGGGGGGCAACAAGGGGGGCAGAUCUUACAGGGAGGGCAGAUUUUACAGAGAGCGCAAAUCCUCCAAGGAGGAUCAACUCUCCCUAGAGGGAGCAUGGGGGGCUCUGAGGUAAUAUUCGUUGAACAAUCAGGUCAAGGGUCAGGGGUCAGCAAGGGCUUGCGCAAUGUAGUGACCACAAGCACAACGUCAGUGAACGAGACUGCAGGUUCACACGGAGCAUCUUCACUGCAGCCUUCACGCAAAGUGAUCGUUCAGGAGAGGAAAGUGGUCACUGAUCAGAGUAGCAGAAAACCACAGCUAUAAGCUGCGAAAGAUUUUUCAUAAAAAUCUCUGGCAACAAUUGAAUUUUUGAAAUUCAGUAAGCCAAUUUUUGAUGCAAUAUCAGUGUAUAACAUACAUUUUUAUACAAAGUAAUUUUAUAUGAAUGUAAAAUGCACCUUUGUGGCAAAACAAUUUUUUUAAAUGGCAAUGAAAUUAACAAAACAUUGCAUUGCAUAGCCACAUCCCUUAUUAUUAUAGAAUAUAGAUGAGUUUAUAAAUGGGACAAAUGUAUCUGAGACCUUACGCCUACUGUUUCGGUCUGUUUAGGCCCAGAGGGCUGCAGAAGUGUAGUGACUCAUCUAUCCACACACAAUCAAACAAACACACACACACACACACAUACCUGUACACAGCCACCUGCUCAGACUAAGUUUUUCUUACAGGCCUGUUUUACCUGUAAACUUCCUUCUCGCCUUGUUUGGGUGCACCAUAGGAGUUUGCAGGAAUGUGUUUGCAAAGGUCAAGAUUUUUGUGUAUGUUCAAUUAAGGGCUUUUGUUGGUUUAUGGUUUGCCAUAUAUAUAGAAUACAUAGAAUACAUACAUAUAUAUGGGUAUUCUAUGUUUACUUUGGUUCCGACUUAAUUCCACUGUCACCGCAAUCUUUUUUUCCAUUCGUUUUUUGUUAUGCACUAUUAAGUAUUUCAAUGUAAAAUGUAAUUUUGUCUUCAAAGGUAUUGUUUUCAUCUGAUGCCAGUUUUCUUGGUCCUGGAAUUUAAAAUUACUUAUGUAGUCACAUGUCAUCCAGUGGAUUGAAAUAAAAUGUUUUUUUGUUCAGUGUCCAAUUU